AUGGCUCGUAUGAACCGCCCUGCUCCAGUUGAGAUAACUUACAAGAACAUGAGAUUUCUUAUUACACACAAUCCAACCAACGCAACCUUAAACAAAUUUAUAGAGGAGCUUAAAAAGUAUGGUGUCACUACAGUCGUACGAGUAUGUGAAGCCACCUAUGACACCACUUUAGUAGAAAAAGAAGGCAUUCAGGUUUUGGAUUGGCCAUUUGAUGAUGGUGCCCCACCAUCCAGUCAGAUUGUAGAUGAUUGGUUAAAUCUUCUUAAAGCAAAAUUCCGUGAAGAACCUGGCUGCUGUAUUGCAGUGCAUUGUGUUGCUGGCCUUGGAAGGGCUCCUGUACUUGUUGCACUUGCUCUCAUUGAAUGUGGAAUGAAAUAUGAAGAUGCAGUGCAGUUCAUAAGGCAGAAGCGCCGUGGAGCCUUUAAUAGCAAACAGCUGCUAUACUUGGAAAAGUAUCGUCCCAAGAUGCGUUUACGCUUUAAGGAUUCAAAUGGCCACCGUAAUAACUGCUGCAUUCAAUAAGAUGGUUACAAGUGUAUGCUGCUGACUGCAGGGAAGUCCUUCACUGGCUUAAAUGCUAAUGUUUUAGGUAUAAUAAAGCUUUUCAAGCAUUAUGAACAUGUGUAGGUGAUAUCCCUGGCAGGAAUGAGACUGCUGUCACAUAAAUUAAUAUUCAUGUAAUUGAGCUUACAAUUUUUUGCUUAUUUGUGGUUAAAACAUCCCUCCUUGCUCAUAACUUACACUAAUCAUGUGAUAGUGAAACUUCUUUCCAACUGCUAAUACAAGUAUGUUGAGUGGUAUAUUUGUAGAAAAAAAUGCCAAACUUCCCAGCACAUUUUGUAAUUGUUUAUUUCUUGACAUGUUGACGUUUUUAAAUAUUUUGCUUCCCACUGUAACUUUAACCGUGGGCAUGAGUUCACAGUUGGCCAACUGCUAGCUGUGUCUUUACAGCUUCUCCCAAGGUUGAAGUGGUGUGAGGAUUUGCACAACUUUGCAAUGUUACACCUGUUCUGUUUUUCCUUUUGAUGCUUUUAUAGCCACUCUAAAACUGAUUUGGUUUAAGUCCAUAUCAGACUUGCAAUGACCUAAUUGAUGAUUGUGUUAUAAAAGCACACCUAUCACAUUUUACAAUUCUCCAGACAAAGCCUUACAGUUUCAAUUAAUGUCCGCACCUCUUGGUGCUCCUUGAUAUGGAGGAUGUUUUUGUGUAUGGGUUUCUUUUUUUUUUUUUUUUUCUCGUAAAAUGUUGCCUUUGUCUUGUGCAGGAAGUAUAGAAUAUCAUUUUUUUUUUUUCAUGAAUAUUUUUUUUAAAUGUAGACGCUUUAAUGUAGCUAAAUCCUUUAUCAUAAAUUUAUGAAAUUGUCAUUUUACUGUACAUUUGAGUUUUCCAAUAAUUGCUUUGUGAUUUAUUUUUAUUUUUCUUCUAGAGAUUCUGCUACUGCCAGUGCAGAGCUCAAUGUCUGUAAUAUUUUGUAAGCCUUUUGAGCAGUGUAACUUAAAUAUUUGGAUACUUGAUGAUUUGUUUUAUGUAAUAAAAACAGUGAUCUGUAUUAAUGUUAGCUCAACCAUAUAUUUAUACUGUUUUGGGAAUGUGUUUUUUUUUUUUUGUAGGAGAAUAAGUUACCAGUGUUCACCAGCUUGUAAAAUCUAAUAUGGAAGCUAAAAACAUCUUAAUAAAGAAGGAAAUAAAUA